AUGGCAGGCACCGGCGGUGAUCCCUUUGAAUGGGAUGUGGACCAAGUGGUGCUCGAGCUAUGUGAUGCUAAAGACCGGCCUUGGCUUCCAAGAUCGACGACCAAGCGGCCUGAUCCAGCUGCUCUGUCGGCAGCCCUGAGAGAGAACGACGUUGAUGGGGAGACACUCUUGACCUAUGAAGAUGUUAUGCUCUCCAUCAGUGGCCUUUUGACUAUUCUAGGUCUCACUAAGCCAGCACAUCAAAUGACUCUAGUCAGGGCUAUCAACUAUCUCAAGUCCAAAAGUCCGACCUAUCACCAACAAAAGACGGACUUGGCUAAGCAGGAUCUUGACUCUCAGAACAGCAUACAAGAAGUCACACUCAACGCAAACCGACCUGCCAGCUUCCAAACUCUAGAGAAUCUUCACACUUCUCCAGCGCAACAAGAUGUUCGGUCCAGUCCUCCAUCAAAAGAUGUUAACAUAAGUGAAGAAAGCGAGAAGAUUCACGCUGCUGCAAUAGAGCCCCAGGAGCCUUGCCCUCCUCUUAGCAAAUCGGCCGCUAUGGGCUCUCAGGAAUCUCCUGAUCUUUCAAUGGCGGUCUCAAAUGGGUCUUCUGACGAACCGCCCCAGAAAAAGCGGAGGUUGGCACCUGUCCUGGUUUCUACUGAGACUAUUGGGGUGGGGUAUAUGCCCAUUCCUAACGCCGCAACUGGCAUUGCGACGAGAGAUUCUAAAACCCAGCCCCGGACGGCGGCAGUGUUGUCUUUCAACGAUAACCAAACGCCCGGUCCCGCACGGAAGACAGAGACCGAGAAGCCAUCUUGGCUUGAUGACACACCCGGUGCCUACUAUGGAUACGACAGCUUGAUUACUGCCGACUGGGUUCCGCCAUCAAACCUUGUUUCCAGCGAAGGUAAACCUACUGAGCAAGAUAGGUCCUUCUAUAUUACUACUAAAGCCCUGAUACCUACUGGCAGGCGUCUACAGAUACACCGAGCGAUGAGACGACUUUUCCGCAACAACAAUGAACCACUCACACAGCUGAGUAAUGGGAUAUCUCCUUAUGUUGAACCUGAAGACGAGGAUAAGAUUCUCCCAAUCUUUGGUGACUCAGGUACCGAAGAUGAGUACGAUUCAGAUACUCUAAGGGAGAUCGAAGAGGAAGAAGAGGAAUCGCAACGAUGGAAGAAACGGAAGAUGCGCCUUACCCGCGCCGACGUUGAUCGUGUGAUAGACGAGGAGAUUCUGCGCAUGGAACAAUCCUGGGAAGAACGUAAGCUACCCCGGAAGCAAAAGCAAGCGAAAUCAAUUUGGAACCAAGCGCGCCGGCGCGGCCGCAUUCAGUUGAUAUCCCAAGCUUCUUCUCGAUUGGAAGCUUUCAACAACCGCAUUAAAAAGCUCUGUAUCGAGUUGCAGCGUGAAGAAUGGUGUGACGACGCCCAACUAAGGAGGCAGACGCGGUGCCUUGAAGCCAGUGUUGAAGACCGCAAAACGGACAAAUGGCUUCUUGAUAUUCUACGUGGACCUGAGCCUCUUGGCCCAGAAGCUUUGCCGAGGCCCCCAAAAUAUACGGUCCAGCAGGAAGCGCUAUCCGAUGAGGACGGAGAGAUCAUCACAAGUGACGAUGAUGAUAGCGGGUUCAUUACUGACAGCAUGGAGGGCGCCACGUUGUCAUUGAAGACAAAUGAGUCACGACAAACUGAUGCUAUGGACUUGGAUCACUCCGAUAGGUUGGUGUUACAUCAGCCUCAGAGCACCUUGGUAACGCAAGAUCCAUUGUCAGGACGAGUCCCGGCUCCAACUAUGGCCCCUGACCAUGUCAUCGAUUUGACAGGCUUCGAUUCGGAACCGGUGUCUAACAAACAUGUCAUCAGCCUCGUCACUCCAACCAAAGCCUCUCAAGUUAGUAUUGUGCAGCAAAGUACAGAGAUCGAGGGCGAAAGUCGUCAUAGUUUUUCCGACGAAGAACUUAACAUUCCGUUCGACCAGCCGAUGAACAUUGCUGCGAUUCCACCACAAAUUUGGAAGGAUCGUAAUGACCGGGAACGACUUUUAAUCUCGGUCCUUUGGAAGAUUGAGGAGGGAUUUAGAAAGAAAUUCUUUCAUGUCCUUGGGGCAGCAGCCCCUGACUCGAUUUGGAACGACACUGUCAUUCCAGCGUUGGCAGUCAGUGAAGCUCAAAAGCCUGUUCCUGAAUUGAGCUAUCUGGUUGCUCGACUGUUUAGAGUUUUCGCCCUCUGCAAAGCUCAACUUCCCAGAGUAAGCGCAUUCAAGAAGCUCAGCAGUGGGAGAGCAAAAAGGUUGAGCGCGCAAUCUGCAAAAUUUGAAGAUUUUUGCGAUUUUGUGAAUGACAGUGUGGCGCCUCAUUUCACGCAUGACAAAGACAACUCGACGUUUGAUGCAGAGAAGGCAAAAAAAGAACAGACAAGCAGUUUCGAAGCAGAGAGUUCCGAGCGAUUUACAGACGACGGCAUUGAAGACGCCCCGUCUAAGAAACGGAAACGGCCCAUUGUCCUGGAUCAAACUGCAAAGGACCUUAGAGAAAACGACCAGCAACGCUUGCAGGAACAGGAAAAGCGCCGAAUCGAGCUGCGUAAGAAGCUAGCCGCGUCGGACCUAAUUCCGAGUGACAAGUCACGGUUAAUCAUCAAUGAAUCCAAGCAAGACGACCAAGGCUUAAUUUACGUUAACAUAGACAUUGGCAAAAGAAUUAAGGAGCAUCAAAUCAAGGGCGUCCGAUUUAUGUGGAAUCAAAUUAUCUGCGACCCCAAGGUCCGGCAAGGCUGCCUUCUUGCUCACACAAUGGGCCUAGGAAAAACAAUGCAGGUUAUCACUCUACUUGUUGCCAUCGCCGAGGCUGCCGCAUCUGCAGACGAGUCAGUUUUCUCACAGGUACCUCUGGACUUGAGGCAGUCAAAAUCUCUGAUUCUCUGUCCGUCUCUACUAGUUGAUAACUGGAUGGACGAGCUGUUGAUGUGGGCACCCACAGGGCUUCUUGGACAUUACUACAAACUUGAAGCUGCAACCAAAAAGGAAGACAGAAUCCCAGUGAUACGGCGCUGGGAUGAGGAGGGCGGGAUCAUGGUUAUCGGCUAUGAUAUGUUCAAACGAUUAGUCGACGAACCGGACGAGGAGUUGCCACAAGAAAACGAUGCCAAGACCGCUUGGGACAUUCUUACCCAAAGCCCCAACAUUGUCGUUGCCGAUGAAGCUCAUAAAUUAAAGAAUCCGGAGUCCAAAGUGGGCUUGGCAGCUGCACAGUUUAAGACUCAAAGUCGCAUUGCACUCACCGGCUCUCCCCUUGCGAACAAUGUUGAGGAAUUCUACUACAUGAUCAACUGGGUGGCACCUCACUACCUAGGUCCUCCAUCCGAAUUCAAAGAAUUGUACGCAGUUCCCAUACAGGCCGGUUUGUACGAGGACAGCACGUACCAUCAGUUUCGCAAGGCAAAAAAGCAGCUCUCUGUGCUGGAGAAGACUGUGGCUCCCAAAGCACAACGAGCGACUAUCAAAUCUUGUCUGAAGAACGACCUUCCGCCAAAGAUGGAGUUCAUACUUACAAUUCCGCUGACAUCUCUCCAAGCCAAGCUUUAUGAUACCUAUGUUGAUUCCGCCAGGGAUGAACUGACUGGACAGGCUUCUGUGAGGAUCCUCGCAACCCUUAGCAACCUCGGCCUUAUUGUCAACCAUCCACGUUGUUGGAAGAAAAAGCUUUUGGAUGAAAGUAAGGCUGCAGAGGGAGGCAAGAGGCUGAACAACCGUACUGGAUCCACUCUAACUGUGCCAUCCAAUGUCAUAAGCAGAGGUCUCAAGAUGAUGGGCCCUCGAAUUGACAUUCAGUCGGCAGAUUUGUCGUGGAAGACGCGACUGCUUGUCGCCAUUUUGGACCAGAGCGAGAAAGUUGGAGACAAGGUACUUGUUUUCACGCAGUCAAUACCAACCUUGGACUAUUUGGACAGUUUGCUUCGCCAACAAAAACGGAAAGUAGCGCGUCUGGAUGGUAGCACUCCAAUCAACGUCAGACAGCAGCAUAUCAAAAACUUUAACACUGGAGAUACACAAGUUUAUCUCAUCUCGACAACAGCUGGAGGAGUCGGGUUGAACAUUUUCGGUGCCAAUCGAGUAAUCAUAUUCGAUUUCAAAUACAAUCCUGUUCAUGAGCAGCAAGCAGUUGGUCGAGCCUAUCGCAUUGGCCAGCAAAAACCAGUUUACGUUUACAAAUUCAUAGCUGGUGGCACUUUUGAGGCGGCUAUGCAAAAUAGGACGGUCUUCAAGACCCAGUUGGCCUCACGGGUAGUGGACAAGGAGAACCCGAAGCGCUGGUCCAAGAAGGAGAAUGAGUAUCUAAGGAAUCGCGAGGAUCCCGUUCAAAGAGACUUGACUCAACACCUAAACAAGGACACCGUAUUGGAUGGCUUGUUGAAAAACCCCGAGCUCUCGCAAGGCAUUCGAGAAAUCAUGAUGACAAAUACUUUUGAGGAAGAAGAUCCUGACGAUGUUCUUACAGCUGAGGAUAGAAAGGACGUGGAUGCUCAGGUUCAUAUGAACACUCUUCGUCAUACCAAUCCAGAGGAAUUUCGGCGAUUGGAGCAGGAAAGGGCGGUUCGACUGAAAGGCCUCGAUGGACCAGUUUCAAUCUCAGACCCAAAGUUUGGCGCGGUUACUGGAGGCGCAUAUUACGUACAUAAUCAGCCUCCAGGAUUACAUGGGGUCAGCGCUGAGGUUCUUAUGCAGUCAUCAACCCAGGACUCCAAUACACAACCUACCAUCAUGGGGCAGUUGUCGAGACCACUGGUCGCGCCGGUCAAUCCCUUACAAGCAUCUGUGUCUUCAAAGCUCCCAGGUGUGAUGGAGCACGAGGCAUGCCAUGAUCCGCAAGCUUCACUCCAGCCAGGUUUAAGCCUUGAAACUUCCCAAGUGUCACAGCAACGAGGGGUCCUGCCUAUGCCAAUGGCUGGCGCCAACACAUUUUUCAGAGCACACCCAGAGAAGGUUGUACCUUCAGAUAGAGGAGACGCGCCUCCCACCUUUCUGCACGGAGCAAAUUCGACAACAAAGAAGACCCUUAAGGCACCCUCGUCUUUGAUCACUUGGCCGUAUCAGUUUGAGCAAAAGAUACUCGAGGCGCUCCGAAAAUUAGACGAUCCCGAUGUCCUCUGUACGAUCAAAGAAGACCACAAUGAUCUUGCUAAACGCGUUGCACAGUCUGCUUGGCAAAUAAGGCUAGAUGCUAAGUACGGUAAGAUACCGGACGAAUCUCAUAUGAAGAAACUCUGCAGCAUGAUGGAAAAACCCAGAUUUGCAGCCGCAGUAGUUACGGGAUUCCUGACACCAGCCGAGCUCGCCCAUGCCCCGACAUUUAGCGGCUUAGACACCAUGGAGGAUGAUUUGAGGAAGCUUGAUGACGACAAAUUUCAAGAGCGAUUAAGAUUGGGCAGUCAGAAAGCCCAGGAUCCCAACGUAUGA